AUGCGUAACCAAUUUGUCUUCAAACAAAAAUUGAGUGCUUACCAUCGGAGGCAGGAAGAAUGGUUGACAAGCGCUGGUGGAAGAAGGUUGGUCGUCGGCGACGGGUGGAAGGGGGCAGAUGGUGUAGACGAACGACGACAGAUGAAAUCAAGUUAUACUCUCUGGUUGUCGUUCCGUUCGUGGUUUUGUGUUUUGGACUAUUGUUUUGCUGGGACCUUUGUUCCGACACAGAACAUCUCUGCUACCGCUCGUGCGCCUCUCCUUCUCACAGCCUGUAUCAUCAUUAUACGCUUCUUUGUUUCCACUCAGCUACGUGUUUCUUCGUCGUCCUCAGGUAUUCAAGAUACAAGGGAAUUUCAAUGGAAUAAUGUUAUAAAUGGAAAGGACUUCAAGUAUGUUUUCUUAGUUGCCAACAAUGCCCUCAAGGGUCUAAGUGGCAAAGAAAAAUACGAAAAGGCAAGGUUGUUGAAGGGAUACAUAGGAGGCAUCAGACAAGCUUACACUAAAUAUUUUACAAAUAAGGAUUUGACAAAGAGACAAGUGGAAAUGGCUACAUAUCUUAUUGAUAAAUUAGCACUUAGAGCAGGAAUCGAGAAGGUAGUAUUGCUAUCUGUGACGAAAUGGAAUUCAAGAUUCCAUUCCACCAAAACGUUGAGCCACAAUCUCCAAAUAUCCUCAAGGGAUGAGGAGGGCGUUAAUGUCUUUUCGGGAUUCAUUGCGUAAAAUAAGGGAAGAAGGGUAACGAAGAUCUUUUUGACAAGCUGGAUACAAACAUAUUGAAUGCUUAUUUAAAGGAACUCAUGUCUGGCUUCACAUCUAAAGUUUUCCAUACAUAUAAUGCAUCCAUCACAUUGGAUGAUAUGGUAAAAUCAAUACUAACAUCACUUUUUUCAUUUGUGUUGUAUUAGAUAAAUU